AUAGCAACACCACACCAGCGCCAGCAGAGCGUCGCGACGGGGGGAAGGGCGCAACACACACCUACACACCUACACACUUACGGAGCAUGCACUCUGCGCGUCGUCACGCGGCUGGGCCUCUGUAUGGCUGAGCACGUCUUGCCGAUCGGGCGGUCACGAGUUGAAUCGGUGUUGGCACGCCCGAAUCGGCGACACCGCUCCUCGGUACAUAGCUUCUUGAGGCGGCUGCCAACGGCCCUCUGCCUGCAGCUAGCGACCUGCGCCCUGGUGUAUCCCAGCGCAGACCACCUGAAUCGUGCUAAGAAUUGCUUCCUCCACCAUUCUGUUGUGUCUGCUAAUCUGCACGUCAACAUGCACUCACGUGAGCGCCAAGACACGUGUGCGAGACUGAGUCGAGUGCAGGAGCAGCGAGUCCAAGUGAGAUUUGACGGCACAUUGGUGUCCAAUCUGGAUUAAACGCCUUCAUAAAGAGCGGCUGCUUCCGGCCCUUUCUGUGUUCGAAUGGCUUAUCAUAACGGUGUCCAGUCUGGAUUAAACGCUUUCAUAAGAAGAAGCUGCUACCGUACAGCCCAAAGCCUGAUGCCUGUGUCCCCCAGACCGUUUUGCCGCGGACAGAACGCUAUGAACGAAGAGACCGCACCCAUAUAGAAACAC